AUGUCCAGCUUUAAAAGCAUUCAGACAUUUGAAGGGCAUCGCAACUUCCGUUUGCGGUUGGUGCUUGCCACUUUGGCCGGUAAGCCCAUCAAGAUCUCCAAAAUCAGAUCUGAAGCUUCAAACCCAGGUUUAACUGAUAGUGAAGUAUCAUUUCUUAGAUUGUUGGAAGCAGUAACCAAUGGAACCCAUAUAGAGAUCUCCUACACCGGUACCACUGUUAUAUAUCGGCCCGGUCUUAUUAUAGGAGGAGAAUUGAAUCAUGUAUGUACUGGCCAGAAACCAGUAGGCUAUUAUAUUGAACCCAUGUUAUAUUUGGCACCAUUUCUGAAGAAGAAGUUCUCUAUAGUAUUCAAAGGACUUACCGCUUCCGAUAAGACGUUGGAUGCCGGCGUCGAAUCUCUUAAAUGGGGUCUUAUACCGGUAAUGGAGAAGUUUGGGGUUAGAGAAGUCAAUCUACAUAUUUUAAAGAGAGGAUCCCCCCCAUUAGGUGGAGGUGAAGUCCAUUUGAUUUGCAACUCAUUGAUUCCUCAACCAUUAACUAUACAUGCUUUGGAGACUCCCAAGAUCUCAGCUAUUAGAGGAGUGGCCUAUUGCACUCGUGUUUCUCCAUCAUUUGUUAAUAGAAUGAUAGACUCGGCCAGACAAGUAUUUAGACCCACUGGAGUGGAUGUCAACAUAACAGCUGAUGUAUGGAGAGGCGAAAAUGCCGGUAAAUCACCCGGUUUCGGGAUCACAUUGGUCGGAGAACUGAAAAGAGGUUGGAGAAUCGUGGCUGAAGGUGUUGGGUCUCCAGGGUCCAUUCCAGAAGAUUUGGGUGAGAAAAUAGCAUACCAAUUGUUGCAAGAGAUUUCCCAGUCCAGUGUCGUGGGUAGAAACCAACUUCAAUUGUGUCUUGUGUUCAUGACCAUUGGUAAAGAAGAUAUUGGAAGAUUGAAGGUCCACAAAAGUCAAAUAGAUGAUAAUUUAAUUUGGUGUUUGAGAGAUUUAAAGUCUAUGUUUGGCAUUGAAGCUUAUCUUAAGGAAGAUGAACAGGAUUAUAUGACUAUCUCCAUUAAGGGUUUUGGUUUCACCAAUUCGUCAAAGAAAAUAGCAUAA